CCGACGACCGUGUACCCUUCGGCAUUGCCCUUCGUUGCAUCUUUUCUGCACGAGCGAUCUCGGGCCUAAUUAUCAUCAAUUCUAUUCUCGAUCGUUCCUCCCGCUUCGACACUGCUUCUCUUGAACAGAGUUGGGGCUUGUCAGAGAUACGGGCAGCAUACACCACUUGCCGUUGGGCACAAUUUGUUCGAACGUCUCUCCCGCCAUUAUGGCCGACCACGCCACUGCUACUGUCGAGCCUUCAGCCGCCAGCCAGCUCCUGCAACAACACAACGCCGCGGGUCCGCACCACGUUAUCGUGGAGGAGGUUGAGGACGAAGAACUGCGCAAGCCUGUAACUUCCGCGGCGCCGUCUGAAGUCGAGGCCAAGACGUCAUGGGUAGAACCAAUGUCGGCAAAAGCAGCUGGGAAGCAGAAGGCCCAGGCGCCGUCGGGACUGGACACUCAGUCGCAUGAGCUGUUCCCGGAAUUGGGCGGGCCCAAGUCCAAGGCCAAUGCCGGCGUUGCGCCCAUCUGGAGCGUAAAGAAUAACGCAAAUGGAAAGGCUAAUGGCGCUAGCUCUGUCAACGGCACUCCGCGCAGCUCUACGCCGGCUUCUGGUAUCACGACCCCAACCGGCCCGGCACUGCAGGGGCCACCGACGCUGAACAUCCCCGGCCGAAAUAUUGAGACCCUCUUCCUCGAGCCGCAACACGUUCUGCCACGGAACCAGUUGAAGAGGCCACUUUCCGACAUUAUUAAGGACUUGAAUCGGAAGUCUCGGGCCAAUGUCAACAUGUCGACAACGGGCAAUGGCAGACUCAGGUUUGAGGCCACAGGUCCUCAAGAUGUUGCCCAGCAGGCACUAAAGGACUUGGUCUACCAAAUCGGUACCAAGCAAUCUAUCAAAGUUCCCAUCCCUCAGUCGGCGAGAGCCCACAUUAUUGGCAAGGGCGGAUCUACUAUCAAGUCCCUGCAGGAGAAAUCAGGCGCCAGGAUCCAAUUGCCCAAGGUUGAUGAGAGCCAGGGACCCGUGGAAGAUGACGAUGAUAGCAUGAUCGAUGUCAUUGUUGAAGGCAACGCUUUGUCGGCUGCCACAGCUCGUAAUGCCAUCCUGAAGAUUGCUGGCGAACGAGCUGCCAACGUUAACUCGCGGUUGAAGGAUAUCCCUGCCGAGUUUUAUCCCUUCCUUGCCGGCCCCAAAAACUCUCUUGUGCACAAGCUCGAAGAAGAUAAGGGAGUCCAGAUUCGCGUGCCUCCCCAUCAUGCCUGGUCUUCUCAGCCCCCGACUGUACCAGCCUCUGGGGAGCGUCCGGUGUUUGCGCCCUCGUCGAAUGAGAAUCCCAUCCACCUGGCGGGUGAACGCACCGCUGUUCAAGCCGCUCGUGCCGAGCUUGAGCGCAGGGCCGAGGAGCUUCGCCGACAGCUUGCUCUGGAACAGCUCUCGAUUCAACGAGGCCGACAUCAAUUCAUUAUCGGAGACAGGGGCAUUCCGGUAGAUGAAUUCUUCGAGGACACAGGUUGCACCAUUAUUCUCCCGAACGAUGAGGAUGACGACAUAGUUACUAUUAUUGGUCCCCCAAGCCAGGUUCAGGCUGGUCUCGAGAAGGCUAUGGAUCUCGCUAUGAACAUGCAGUGUUCCAACAUCGACAUUUCUCGUUUCCACCGCCAAGCUCCCGGUGGCGCCUCUGCUCACGCCCGGAAUGUCACGCGCUAUCUCCGACAGAGAAAGGAAAUUGAGCGGUUGGAGAAGCUAUAUAAUGUCCAUUUCAACACUCCAUUUUCCAACGAGGGCGCACUUCCAUGGGAGCUGUACUCGCGCGAUGGCAAGGAUGCGAUCAGGGCGCAGUCAGAAAUCAGGGGUCUGAUGGACGGCCACCCUCCUUCCCGGAUUUCUACCGUCCCUGUCGACCCGUUUUUCCAUCAGCACCUACGGAGCGAAGUUAUUCCUCGCGUGAGACAGGACUACAGGGUUCAACUGGUCAUGCCGGAGGCUUCGGACAUCGACGCUCCCGUCCUCUUGGUAUACGAAGGGCCUUCCAGCCCGGACUCUUACGAAAUCCCGCGAGCUCAACCCAGCCAAGCUGAUGUCGGCGAAAUGCAGAAAUACCUAGAAGAAGCCCAGAGGCACAUUCAAGACCUACUUAGUCAGCAGGAAUCGCUGACUGAGGCGUCCAUCGAUGUGCCCCAGAAGUUUCACGACAAGCUCCGGAAGUUCAUCAAGAAGGAGCAGGAGAACCGGGCGGCAAACCAAAUUCCUGUCCGUGUGUCCAAUCGUGGCACAACAGUGAAUUUCCGUGGCCCCAGCUCCGCUGUUCAAUCUCUGGCUGAGAAAUGCGUAGCUUUUCUCGAGCAAGAGAAGGAGGAUGAGAAGGAGCGUGGCUUUACCCUCGAGUUCGAGUUUCCCCAGAAGUUCGCCAAUCAUCUCAUUGGCAAGGGCGGGAGCAACAUUCGCGAGCUCAGGGACAAGUUCGACGUUGAUAUUCAAGUCAAUGAUGGCAAGGUCGAGCUAAAGGGCCCCAAGGCUAAGGCCGAAGCAGCCAAGACCCACAUUCUUGCUCUUGGCCGCCAGCUGCAAGACGAGGUCACCCAUAUCCUCAAGAUUGACCCCAAGUUCCAUCGGGAGCUAAUUGGUGCUCAAGGCGCCCAGAUCAACAGGCUGCAGACGCGAUACAAGGUUCUGAUCUUCUUCCCCCGCACGGCGAAGAGCGGCAAGGAUGAUGAGUCCGUUGCAGAGGGCUCCAGUGAUCCUGGUAAGCCCCGUCGUCAGCAAGCUCCUGACGAGGUUAUUGUCCGGGGACCCAAGCGAGGUGCCGACGAAGCUCGGGAUGAGCUCCUGUCGCUUUUGCAGUACCUGAAGGACACGUCAUUUACGGCCACCGUUUCGGUCCAGCAAAAGCAGCUGCCGUCCCUGAUUGGAUCUGGAGGUGCUGUUAUGGAUCAGUUUCGCCAGGCUACUGGCGCCAAGAUUGAUAUCCCCAGUGCGAGAGACACCGUAGAUGGCUUGGUGGAUAUCUUAAUCAAGGGCACCAAGGCACAAGUUGCCGCCGCUAAGAAGGCUAUCGAGGAGAAGAAGGCAAUCUUCGAUGACACUGUAGUCAAGACUAUCGACGUUGACCGGAAGUAUCACAAGACGCUUAUUGGCGCUGGUGGUUCAAAUCUCCGCGACAUUGUGGUCAAGGCAGGCGGGUCUGACGACAGACGGGAGCUUGCACGCACCAUCCAGUUCCCUAAGCAGGACACAGACGGCAAUACCAUCAAGGUCGAAGGCCGGAGCGAUGUCGUGGAUAAGAUCGUUGCACACAUUCAAGCUUUCGUAUCCCAGCGCGAAAGCCAGGUAGCCGAAGUCCUUGAGGUGGCUCCUGAGAAGCAUAGGUCCCUAAUUGGCCGCGGAGGCGAUAUCAAGCGGAGCCUCGAAUCACAGUUCAAGGUCUCGAUCGAUGUUCCCCGGCAAGGCAGCGGCCAUACGGGCGUCAAGAUCACUGGCCAAUCCGGAGAUGUUGAAAAGGCCAAGACUCAUAUCCAGUCUCUGGUCAAGGAGCAACAAGGCGAGACGGUCCAGGUUCCCCGCGCCAUGCACCAUACCGUUGCCAACAACGGCCAGUUCUUCCGGAAACUGAAGAGCGAUUGCCAGGUCACUGUCGACCAUGCCGGACACUCUAUCCCGCCUAAACUUGCGGCGCCAUCUAAUGCUCGUGUCAACGGCGGCGCGCUUCCGCUGAUCACAGAUGAUACCGAUGCGGCUACAGAUGUUCACUCUUGGAACGUUUUGGAGAGCACGUCGGCCGAGGAGGGUGAGAUUCCGUGGGUUCUGCGUGGCUCGCCGGAGAACAUUGAGAAGGCAAAGAAGGCUAUCGACGCCGCUCUUGAGCAGUCAAUGAACCAGACUGCUACUGGCUAUUUGAUCUUACCUGACCCCAAGACGUACCGCUACGUCAUCGGCCAGGGCGGCAGCAAGGUCAACUCGAUCCGGAAGCAAAGCGGGACCAAGAUCACUGUCCCCCGUGACCAAAACAAGGGCGAGGCAAUCGAAGUAAUCGGUACCAAGGAGGGUGUUGAGAAGGCCAAGGAUCUUAUCUUGGCUGCGGUUCGGGAGGGCAUCAACAGCAGCAGAGCGCUGCGAGACUAAAUGGCUUCUUUUUUUGUGGUUGCCUGUUAUAGUUGCCAUGUUCUGUAGCUUGGGGGUCAGCACAGGUAAAAGAUUAGUCGCGCAAAUUUAGUCCGGUAAUUGCUUGAGAGCCAGGUUGGAGGAUACGGGGAAUUUAUUUGUCUAUAGCGACGCGUGCCCGCAGGAGACAGAAGAAAAAGGGGGGAAAGGGUGAAAUCCUAGCCAUGUUCAGCAAGAUUCUUUCUCUUUUGUUGCUACUUUAACGAGGUUUGAUGGGAGCGCGAAAAAGGCCGGGUUCCUCGGUUAUCGUAAUGGUCUAGAGAGAUUGGGGGGGGGGGAGAGGAUUUGUUGAGCGAGAUGAAAAUGGCUAAAAAUCAAAAGCGGGUUCUCGACACUGGUUC